AGAUCUCACUACCGUUCACGCGACGCGGCCCUGUUUCCUCUUGAACUCGGCAGUUCCCAGUCCCAGUUCCAGUCCCGAGCCCAGCCUGCAGCAGCGACAAGCCCCCAUCACAGACAAAGCCAUGGCGCCGUCCCAAGCAACUCAUGUGCCCAAUUUGGACAAUCUGAUCAAGUCGCUCAACAGCCUGCCUCUCGAGGCCUCGAUCGAGUCCUUGAUAUUCCUCCUCAAGCGGCGUCAGGUCACAGGCGACGAAUGUGCAAAGGCCACAGCUCACGUCCUUCGCCAGGUUGUUGCCAAGUCGAAGUGGAACGAUGUCGACCAACUGCUGUCCAGAGUCCAGAGCGCGGGGUCACGACUAGCACGGGCUGCCCCCCUCGAGCCUGUGAUUGGGAACAUUGUACGGCGCGUGUUGGGUCUGAUCCGGGACGAGGCAUCAGAGGAUAGGAACGUGGACGACUUGGCCAGCGAGGCGGCCUCCGACAUUCAGAGCCUCGCUCCGAGCGCGCCAUCGCCGCAGAAGGCCGCCCCAGCCCCCGUGCGCCCCCCUCCCACGGUGGUCUCGACCGGCUUGCAAGUCUCGAAAUCCAUGUUCAACCUGCUCUCUGUCGCAGAGACCGGCGACACGCCCGUAACAGGGGCUUCGACCCCCUUGUCACAGGCGCAGACAGCCAGCGUGCAUGCGCUGCGAUCCGAGGUCAUGGACGGCAUCGAGGAAAUCUUGGACGAGAUCAACCAGGCCGACGACCAGAUUGCCGGCUUUGCAGACAUUCAGAUCCAUCCCGGCGACUACGUGCUGGCCUAUCAGCCGUCGCGGACUGUCGAGAGGUUCUUGGUGAAAGCUGCGUCAAAGCGGCGUUUUACCGUCAUCAUUGCCGGCCUCGAAUCUCGUAAUCAUGAUGCGAUCACGGAACCCCCUUAUGCUGCGCUGCGGAAGAGACUUAACGCCGCCGGCGUCAACACGAUCAAUCUCGCGAGCAAUGGGCUGAUGGCCUACAUACCGCGAGUCAACAAGGUGAUAUUCGGCGCAAAAGCCGUGUACCAGAACGGCGGGUUGCUGGUCGACAGCGGGUGCUGCAUCGCGGCUCAGGCGGCGCAUGAGUACCUCAAACCCGUCAUUGUCCUCUGUCCCGUGUACAAGUUCUGCCCCGAGGAUCCGUCCGACGAGGUGUCGAGAGGAGAACUGGGAAAUCCGUCGAGCUACGUGAGCUACGCCGAUGGCCCGGAGGUAGACGCGCUCGAGGUGGAAAAUACCGUCACGGAUUACAUCCCCCCAGAGCUUGUCGAUGUCUACCUUACGAAUCUAGGCCCUCAGACUCAGCAUCAUCUGGCUAGCAUUCUCGCCGACCACUACAAGACGGAGGAUAUAACGUUGGGCCUCGCAUUGCAGCUUGGCGAGCCAUAAGGCAGCGGUGUAACACCGAAUAUGGACGGGCGCAAUUUCGCGAGGGCCGCCCGGGGACGCGACAGCUCUGCUGGGCCUAGAACCAGAUCGAAGCUUGGCGACUCAUCGCCUCCUCUUGAACCACAGAAGCUCCGGUAGGCGGGAAGGUCUAAGGGCCGAACCAUCCAGCUCAUCCCCGAGCCGCGUCAGCCAGGUGUGCGCUUGCGUGGAAGAAUGGGGCAGGGAACAAAUGAGGGCGCCCGCGGGUGGGGCUGUGUCGGCCACGGCGAUUCGGUUAUCGCUUUCGCUAAAGCCACCCUGUCGCGUCCUGGCAAAUG